ACGGCGGGAGGAGCCUCGCAGUGCCACGUUGAUGGUCACCGCUGGAGACGUGGAAUCUCGCCCUGUACUCUGGGCCAGCGCACACAAGUACGAAGCUGCAGACGCGAAGGAACAUUUAAGAUUGACUUGUUUUUGUACAUAGUCAAGUUGUAUUCUUGCGUGCAUGUACAAAUCUAGCAUAAGAUCAACGUUUAGGAAGUCAGGAUGAAACUGAAGGAGAUCAAUCGUACAGCCAUCCAGAGCUGGAGUCCCUCACAGCAACAUCCGAUCUACCUGGCAACAGGGACCUCCGCACAGCAGCUGGAUGCCUCCUUCAGCACCAAUGCCUGCCUGGAGAUCUUUGAGUUGGACUUGGCCGAUACGUCUCUGGACAUGAAGUCUUGUGGCACCUUCUCGUCCUCUCACAGAUUUCACAAACUGGUGUGGAGCCCCCAUGGGAUGGACGGGGCCGGUCACCCAAACGGGGUCCUGAUCGCCGGUGGGGAGAACGGCGAUGUCAUCCUCUACGACCCGGCCAAAAUAAUGGCUGGGGACGACGACGUCAUCAUUACUCAGAGCGACAAGCACACAGGGCCAGUGAGGGCCCUCGACGUCAACCCCUUCCAAGCAAACCUGGUGGCGUCCGCAGGCAAUGAGUCUGAAAUCUACAUUUGGGACCUGAAUAACUUUGGCUCCCCGAUGACACCCGGACCUAAAACUCAGCCUCUGGAGGACAUCAGCUGCGUGGCGUGGAACCGUCAGGUGCAGCACAUCCUGGCCUCGGCCAGUCCCAGCGGCCGCGCCUCCGUCUGGGACCUCCGCAAGAACGACCUCAUCAUUAAAGUCAGCGACCACAGCAACAGGAUGCACUGUUCUGGGCUGGCCUGGAACCCAGAGGUGGCCACGCAGCUGGUCCUGUCGUCAGAAGACGACCGCAUGCCCGUCAUCCAGAUGUGGGACCUCCGCUUCGCCACGUCCCCGCUGAAGAUCCUGGAGAACCACACCAGGGGUGUCCUGGCCAUGGACUGGAGCUUGGCGGACCCUGAGCUGCUCCUGAGCUGUGGGAAGGACAACAGGAUUCUCUGCUGGAAUCCAAACACUGCAGAGGUUUUGUACGAGCUGCCCACCAGCACUCAGUGGUGCUUCGACAUCAAGUGGUGUCCCAGGAACCCGGCAGUGCUGUCAGCCGCAGCCUUCGAUGGCAACAUCGGCAUCUAUUCCAUCAUGGGAGGCAGCAGCCAGGCUCAGAACCAGAGGCAAGCGGACCAAAUCACCAACUCCUUCGGGAACAUGGACCCGUUUGGAACCGGACAGGCUCUGCCCCCGCUGCAGAUGCCCCAAGCCCCCCGCCCCGCCCCCCCUGCCAUGGUCAACCCCCUGAAGAAGCCCCCCAAGUGGAUACGCAGACCCGUCGGAGCCUCAUUCGCCUUUGGCGGCAAGCUCGUGACCCUGGACAACGCACCGUCGAACCCGCAGCAGCCCGCCAAGCACGUGGUGCACGUGAGCCAGGUCGUCACGGAGACGGCCUUCCUGGCGCGCUCCGACCUUCUGCAGGCCACGCUGAGCAACGGGAACUUUGUGGACUUCUGCCAGGAGAAGAUCGCCGCCGCGCAGGAUGGCUUCGAGAGGACUGUCUGGUCCUUCCUCAAGGUUAAUUUUGACAGUGAUGUCCGUGGACAAUAUCUUGAUCUACUGGGGUACAAAAAGGAGGAGCUAGCUCUAAAGAUUUCCACUGCCUUGAAGGAAAUGGCUGAAAAGCCAGAGACGGUGGUGAGGGCCCCUGCCGCUCUCCAGCCCACGGUGGCCCUAGAGCCGACCGAGGCCCCUGAAGACCUCCAGCCUACGACGGCCCCUGAGGCCUUCCAGCCUGUGGCGGCCCCUGCUGUCAGCAGCUUCAUGCCCCCCCCUGCUGACAUCUCUCCAGAGGCGGUGUUUGACCUCAUCUCGGCAGCAAACCUCCAGCCGGCCGACAAGCCGGCCCCCGCCCUCCUUCCCGAAGAGCCGGCCCCCGCCCCCCUUCCCGAGGAUGAGUUUGACCUGGACCUGGACGCUGAUAGCCCCGUAGACCUGGGCCUGGGGGAGGAGCUGGACCAGGAGCUCGAGGAGGGGGAGGAUGUGGAUUUGGGGGAUGAGGAGGAUUUCAAUUUGGAGGAAGAGGAGGAGGAGGAGAUACCACUACAGGAGGAUGUGGGUCUACCAGAAGAUGUGGCGGCUGAGCCAGCAGACCAGACCCCUGUGACGUUGGAGGACUCUGCUGUAGUCCCUGAAAUCGUCCCUGAUAUAGUCCCAGAUAUUGCUGCCCCCCCUGCUGCUGAUGAUACUGCUGCUCCUGUUGCUGCUCCUGCUGCUGCUCCUGCUGCUGCUGCUGCUGCUGCUCCUGCUCCUGCUCCUACUCCUGCUGCUGUUGCCCAGGGAGGCGUCCACCUCGCUGUUAGCCAAGACGUGGACGGGCUGAUCACCCAGGCACUGCUGACUGGAGACUUUGAGGGGGCAGUGGACCUCUGUAUCCUCGACAACCGCAUGGCCGACAGCAUCAUCCUGGCCAUCGCUGGCGGCUCGGAGCUCCUGGAGAAAACACAGAAGAAGUAUUUCUCCAAAACGCACACCAAACUUACCAAGUUGAUCAGUGCGGUGGUGAUGAAGGACUGGACGGACAUCCUGACGUCAUGUGACCUGGCCAACUGGAAGGAGGCUCUGGCUGCCGUCAUGACCUACGCCCGGCCAGACGAGUUCUCCGCCUUCUGUGACCUUCUGGGUGGACGCCUGGAGGUGUCCCAGGACGUCGUGCUCCAGGCGCAGGCGUCCCUGUGCUACAUCUGUGCUGGUAACGUGGAGAAGGUGGUGUCGUGUUGGACCCGGGCUCAGGCAGGGUACUCUCCCCUCUCCCUCCAGGACCUGGUGGAGAAGGUGGUGGUGCUGCGGCGGGCCGUGGAGCAGGCCCGGCGGGGCGGCGCCGCCCCCACCGCCAGCGGCGUCCUGCUGGAGGAGAUGAUGGGCCAGUACGCCGGCCUGCUGGCCUCCCAGGGCAGCCUGGCCACCGCCCUGGCCUACCUGUCGGGGAGCACCAACCAGCUGCUCCAUAAGCGUCUAACUCAAGCAUUGGGCCAACCACAACAACAACGACAGCAAGCACAACAACAACAACAACAGCAACCACAACAGCAACAACAACAACAACAACCACAACAACCACAACAACAACAACAAGCCAUGCCGGCCCCGCAGGCUGCUGCCCCGGCCCGGCAGAACCCCUACGCUGCGGCGGCGGCGGCCGGCCCCAGGCCCCUGUACAACCCGGGCCCGCCCUCCAUGGGGCCCUCCCAGCCGGCCCCGGGGCCCGCGGCGCCCCCGCCUACCUCCACUCCACCUCAACCACAGUAUUAUCAACCGGUGAGGGCUGCCUCCACUGUUACAUCGUGGAGUAACCAAACCCCCACAGCCCUCCCCAGUAUCCCCCCCGUUCAGCUAGCCAGUGGUCCCGACCAGCAGAACGAACCUCUGCCUCCUCCCAACGCCACGCACGGGAUGCCCGCCCCGGGCCCAGCGGCUGCCGGCGGCCCCGCGCCCUCCUCCGCUCCGGGGUACACGUACGCCCAACAGUACCAGCCCCAGGUCAGCCACUAUGGAGCGCCAGGGACCGGGCCCAACUAUCAGCCGUUCCAGUACCCUGCAGCUUCUCUAGCUGCCCCCCCCUCCCCCUCCUCCUUACCUCCGGCCCCUGGCUUCCGCUCUCAGUAUAUGCAGCCGGGCCCCGGGCCCUCUCCCGUAUACCAGCCUCUGUCGUGCUCUCCUCCGUACAACGCGCCCUACUUUCCGACUGCGCCUACCUCUUCCUCCGCCUCUUCGUCUCCUACCUAUGCACCCGGUCCUCUGGCCCACGGAACGCCGUUCCAACAUGGCGGGCCUGGAUCGCCUGUCUCAUACAUGCAAUCACCGUUUGGAGGACCAGGACCUCAGAACGGCUGGAACGACCCUCCUGCUCUUAACAGAGCAGGAACAAAGAAGAAGCAGGGCCUUGAGAACUACACUCCACCUGCCCCCAUCACCGCCCCCAUCAUGGGCCCCCCCGGCAGCGACCCCCAGGCCCAGCCCAUGUCCCCCGUAUCUCUGCAGGGAUCCAUGGACCCGGGCCAAGGGGCCUUCCAGGGCCCCUUCUCAGGCAGGCAGCAGCUCCCCCCCUCUUCUGGUGGUCACCCUGCCAUGCCUCAAACCAGCGUGGAAGGUCCGCCUGGAGCUCCGACGGGGGACCACAUACAGCCGAUGCAGUCCAUCCCCGCGGAGAAGAUCUUGAAGAAGCCCAUCCCAGAGGAGCAUGUGGUGCUCAAGACCACCUUCGAGGGAGUGAUCCAGAAGUGCUUGGCUGUUGCUAGUGACCCUCAAACCAAGAGGAAACUUGAUGAUGCCAGCAAGCGCUUGGAAGCCCUGUAUGACAAACUCAGAGAGCAGUCGCUCUCCCCAGCCAUUGUAGGAGGUCUGCACAACAUAGCAAGGAGCAUUGAGUCGAGGGCCUACACGGACGGCCUCAACAUCCACACCCACAUAGUUAGCAGCAGCAACUUCAGCGAGACGUCCGCCUUCAUGCCGGUCCUCAAGGUGGUGCUGACACAAGCCAACAAACUCGGAGUCUAAGAAUUAUAACCAAAACGGAGAUGAAAGUCUCCUGCAGAUAGAUUAAGAGUAAUCGGUUAGGUGUUACCAUGAAUUUAUACAGGAAUUAUUUUAGUAAUUCCUAAGCUUAAGGGAGCUUGACAUGAAAAUGAUUAAUUUCAAUCAUUACUGUUUUUUUCUGUGUGCCAAUCGUUCCUUUUAUUGCCUCACUUACAAAGUUAGGUGAGACAAAAGGGUUUGACCAAUACAAGCCAUACUCAUUGGGUCUUUACAACCCUCGGUAGUGGGGUACCCCCUGGUGCUCCAUGCUGAACCAUGAACAAUAAGGGCUACUCUGCAACCAGCCACACACUAACGCUUGCUAUCACUGCACAAUUUAAAUGACUUUAAUAUAAUUUAUCAUUUUAUUUGAAGUGAAUUGAAUAAAAGAAUAAUGUUAUGGAGCAAUCCAAUCAAAAAUAAAUUCAGAGUUUUAGAGUUUGGCCAGUUACAUUGGAUAAGAGAUAUUAUACUUGGCUGGAUUUUUCCAUCCAAGAUAAUAAAUGACAAGAGAUUAUUGUUCCUUGAUUUGCUGAAAUGAAAGGGAAUUUGUUUGUGUAUGAAAGAGAUCAAGGAUGAUGAUGAAUAAUGAAUCUGGAUUUCUUGGCAUUGAUAAACUCUAACUAGAGAUCGGUUAUCUGUGCAUCUUGCACAUAUGUCCCAUGUCUAGGUAAUACUCCUUUUAAAAAAAGAACAUAGAUACCAAUUGGAUUUAAAAUUUGAUGUGUAAUUGCAGAAAGAACAUUCUUUUUGUAAAAUUGGCUAUCAAUGUUUCUGUUUUUUUUUUUAGGCCAGAGGUUUGUUAAUGCAUUUUUAUAUCAAUUUGAAAGUCUUCUGGAAAUAUGUACAGUUUGGGAAACUAAUGCUGUUUAAAGAGCCCCAUUUCAACACAAUAAAAGAUCAUUACUAGA